CGUUUAAAACUGACUGCAUUGGGCUUGUCCUUUCGUUCGUCCUCAGUGAAGGAUAACGGUGAACAUCAGUAACGUAGUGGAAGUUUGCCCGUAAAAAGCACUUUAGAUUCACUUUGGCACACCACAUCCACUCUGAAGUUGUCACAAGUGGAUCACGAGAUUUGGACAAUCAACAAUGGACACCAUCAUUCGACGCUGCCCGUUCCUGUCCCGCGUGCCCCAGGCCUUUCUGCAGCAGGCUCGCAAGUCCCUGGUGGUGUACGCGCAGAAGUGCCCCGUGAUGAUGGAUCUGGCCUCCAGGCCUUUCGCCCGGGCCCUGUCCUCCUCCUCCUCUAGCUGCCAGAAGGCUGAAGACACUAGCUCCACCAGUGAGGGCCCCAAAGGAUUGCCAAAGAUGCCCCCUGGGCACCCCAUGCCCCCUGCAGGCCAGGCCGUGGCCUCUAAGUGCCCCUUCCUGGUGGCAGAGAUGGGGCAGAAGAACAGCAGCGUGGUGCGGCAGGCCAGUUUGGAGCUGCAGGAGGAUGUCCAGGAGAUGGAUGCUCUUCGCAAAGAGCGCCCUGUGACCCCCCCUAUGGUCAAUGUCACCAAGGCUGACGGGGAGGACCCCAACAACCUCCUGAAGAAGCUCCUGCAGCAGCGCCCCACCAGGGUGUCUCAUCUGCUGCAGGAGAACAUGCCCAAAUCAAUUUCAAACUUCCACUACGACAAGUUCUUUGAGAAGAAGAUCGAAGCCAAAAAGAACGACCACACAUACCGUGUGUUUAAAACUGUGAACAGGCGGGCGACCACCUUCCCCAUGGCGGAUGACUACACGGAAACGCUCACUACCAAGCGCGACGUGUCCGUUUGGUGCAGCAACGACUACCUGGGCAUGAGCCGCCACCCGCGGGUCAUCCGCACUAUAAUGGACACUUUACGGAAGCACGGAUCCGGAGCCGGGGGCACGCGGAACAUCUCCGGGACCAGCAAGUUUCACGUGGACCUGGAGCACGAGCUAGCAGACCUGCACAACAAGGACGCAGCACUGCUCUUCACUUCCUGCUUUGUGGCAAAUGACUCCACCCUCUUCACCUUGGCCAAGAUGCUGCCAGGCUGUGAGAUUUACUCCGAUGCCGGGAACCACGCCUCAAUGAUCAUGGGCAUCAGAAACAGUGGCGCCAGCAAGUUUGUCUUCCGUCACAAUGACGCCAAUCACCUACGAGAGCUGCUGCAGAAGUCUAAUCCUUCAGCUCCGAAGAUCGUGGCCUUCGAGACCGUGCACUCCAUGGAUGGUGCUGUGUGCCCGCUGGAGGAGAUGUGUGACGUAGCCCAUGAAUUUGGCGCCAUCACAUUUGUGGACGAGGUGCACGCGGUUGGCCUGUAUGGACCCAGGGGAGGUGGGAUCGGAGACCGCGACGGAGUCAUGCAGAAGAUGGACAUCAUCUCUGGGACUCUCGGCAAAGCCUUCGGCUGCGUGGGAGGCUACAUCGCCAGCACUGCCGCCCUGGUGGACACAGUGCGCUCCUACGCCGCCGGCUUCAUCUUCACCACCUCGCUGCCGCCCAUGCUGCUGGCGGGCGCCAAGGUGUCGGUGCAGACGCUGAAGGGCGAGGAGGGCCGCGCGCUUCGCCGCAAGCACCAGCGCAACGUCAAGCUGCUGCGCCAGAUGCUGAUGGACUCGGGCCUGCCCGUGGUCCACUGCCCCAGCCACAUCAUUCCAGUCAGGGUUUCAGACGCAGCGAAGAACACGCUGGUGUGUGACAUCAUGAUGAGUAAGCACAACAUCUACGUCCAGGCCAUCAACUACCCUACUGUAGCCCGGGGGGACGAGCUUCUCCGCAUUGCCCCCACGCCUCACCACACCCCACAGAUGAUGAACUACUUUGUUGAAAAGCUGGUGGAGACCUGGAAGGAGGUGGGCCUGGAGCUGAAGCCCCACUCCACCGCCGAGUGCAACUUCUGCCGGCAGCCGCUGCACUUUGAGCUGAUGAGCGAGAGGGAGAAGUCCUACUUCAGCGGGAUGAGCCAUCCCAUCAGCGCCUGCGCCUGACCCCCACCCCCCCUCUACAAGCCCACCCGUCUCUUCUUUUUUCAGCUGUCAUAACUUAUUUAUUUUAAAAUUACAUGUAUACUGUAUGUAUGGGAAAUAAAUGCCAGAGAGGAAGAA